AUGCGUCAAGUCUAUCUCGCCGCGCUCCUUGGCUUUGCCGCUUUUACCACAGCUUUGCCAUCACCCUCCACCACCCAUUACAAUCAUCGCUCAACCAAAGAUGCCAAAGUGCUAAUCCUUGGAGGAGGUGUUGCUGGCGUCAUUGCCGCACGCACAUUACACCGCAAGGGCAUUGACGACUUCUUAAUCGUUGAAGCGCGUGAUGAGCUCGGUGGAAGGAUGCAGAAUUAUACUAUUGGUGUCCCUGGAAAGCAGUACACCGUUGAAGUCGGUCCUAAUUGGAUCCAGGGAACGCAAACUGGCAAUGGGACAGCCAAUCCCAUUCUGACGCUCGCUCGAAAGCACCACGUCAAGAACCAGUAUAAUGACCUUGAUGGCAGUAUCACGACUUACGACUAUAAUGGGCUCAAAGACUAUCUGGACAUCUUGGACACGUCAAUUGAUCAAUUCACUCAAAUCGUAGCUGAUGCAGGGGAACGCGUCAAGUUACAGCAGGUUGACCUCGGCCUUCAAAGCGCGUACGGCAUCACCGGUGCAACUCCAAAGAACAUAUACGAAGCAGCUUGUCAGUAUUAUGAAGUCGACUGGGUACACGUCUUUAUCCUGCUAAUCAUUGCAACCGCACAUCCAAUAGAUGCACAGGCCCCAGACCAGAAUUCGUGGAUAGCAUCAGCCUGGAACAACAACUUUACCUUUGACGUCGAUAUGGGUGGCUUCUCAGACGAGAAUAACCUCUGCAUCGACCAGCGUGGCUUCAAAACCAUCAUCCAGGCCGAAGCUGCGGAGUUUCUUCAACCUGAGCAAGUCUCCCUGAAUUCUGUUGUCACGACGAUUGCAUAUAGCGGGGAUGGGGUGACAGUCACACUAGAAAAUAGUACUACUCUCACCGCGGACUACGUGCUUUGCACGUUUAGUCUUGGAGUACUGCAAUAUGGUGAUAUCGCGUUUAAACCCGAUCUUCCUUCGUGGAAGACGGAGGCCAUUCAGAGCAUGGUCAUGGCUACGUAUACCAAAAUCUUCUUGCAGUUCGAAGAAAAGUUCUGGUUUGAUACUGAGAUGGCCGUCUAUGCAGACAAGGAACGGGGGAGGUAUCCGAUUUGGCAGAGUCUUGACCACGUCAAAUUCUUCCCUGGUUCUGGUCUCGUCUUUGUGACCGUCACUGGUGAUUUCUCACUGCGCAUCGAGGGCAUGGAAGAUUCAGACGUUCAAGAGGAAGUCAUGGAAGUCCUCCGAGCCAUGUACCCCAACAUCACCGUCCCUGAUCCUGUCGCGUUCCAUUUCAAACGCUGGAACGUGGACCCUCUCUUCCGCGGUUCCUACUCCAACUGGCCCCCUUCUUUCCUUCCCGGUCACUCAGAAAAUCUGAGGGCUACGGUAGACAAGAGACUCUGGUUUGCGGGUGAAGCUACGAGCUUGAAGUAUUUUGGUUUCCUUCAUGGUGCAUAUUUCGAGGGGUUGAAUGCUGGAGAAGAGAUUGCCAAGUGCGUUGAGGGCCCUGCAUGCACUGGACGGGAGCAUUUUAAUAGUGUGGUUGAUGCUUCUCCCUAUCCGUUCGUGUCUAUUACGCCUUAG